AUGCUCGCGACGCCCCCGCCCCAGCCGGCCUCCCUUUGUUCCAGGCCGCGGUCUCGCCGCUCCUCGCGCCCCGCGGACCCGCACCGAGCGGCGGCAGGCCGGGCGGCGGCGCAGCGCGCUCCUCCCCGGUGCCUCCUCCGCGCGGCCCCGGCACGAAGGCCUCGCGCCCGCGCCCGCGCCCCCGUCCUGCCCGGAGCGCGCCCACCGCCGCUCCACCGGGCGGCUCCGCGGCGCGCGCGUGACGGCGAAGAGCGCGCACGGGGCGGGGGCGGCGGGGGCACGCGCUCCGGGGCUGGGCCGGGCGGGGACGCGCACCGGGGACGGAGGGCGGGCCGGCGCAGCGCGCGCUCCCGGGGGCGCGGGGCUCGCACACCGGCCCAGCGGGGCCUCCCCCACCCCGGCACGGCCCUCGCCUACCCAGGCCUAAGGCAGAAAAAUACCUGCUGGAGCCCCCGGCCUCGGCGUUCCGGCCUGGCCCGGAGGCUACAAUCAGUGCCUCUCCCUCGGCUCCGUCUCCCCACCAUGAAGGCGGCUAGAGAAGAGAUGGGUCACCGAAUCUCCACGUUCCCGGUCAGCCCGAGCACGCUCGCCCUGAUACCCCGGCCCGUCCUCAGCCCGGGGCUCCGUGUCCUCAGCAGGUCUUCCCGCGCCCUCGCCCGAGGGCCCUACGGCUCGUCCUCCGCGCUUCUCUCUUACGCCCCCACCGCACCGGUGUCAUCUCUGGGGGCAUCACCAAACCUGGGCCUCCAGUCCUGA